AUGAGGAUUCAAUAUGGUCUGACUCCAACGGAAGGUGAUGGAGAUGUUACUCAAGACAUACCAUCUCUUUCCCAAUCAAUCAGAAAGAACUUCCUUCAGCCCUUUGGUGAACUUCUUGCUAAACUUCGUGAUUCUGCCACUGCUGGUCUUGUACCACCAGUUACUUGCUUAGUUGCUGAUUUUUUAAUGUCAUUUACCAUACAAGCUGCGGAAGAACAUGCACUCCCAAUUAUUCUCUUUUGUCCAGCUAGUGCAUGUUCCUUCUUGGUAGCUUUGCACUUUCGUACGCUGAUUGAGAAAGGUCUAAUUCCACUUAAAGAUGAGAGUUAUUUGACAAACGGAUAUUUAGACAUCAAACUAGACUGUAUUCCAGGAUUGCAGAACUUUCGAUUGAAAGAUCUAACUGACUUUAUAAGGAGUACAAAUCCAAAUGAUGUCAUGGUAGAAUUUGCCAUUGAAGCGGCAGAUAGAUUUCACAAAGCAUCUGCUAUUGUUUUUAAUACUUAUGAUGAACUUGAGAGUGAUGUAAUGAAUGCUCUCUAUUCUAUGUUCCCUUCUUUAUAUACUAUUGGACCUUUACCUUCAUUAUUAAAUCAAACUCCACAUAAUCACUUGGAAUCUUUAGGUUCCAAUCUUUGGAAAGAAGAUACCAAAUGUCUUGAAUGGCUUGAAUCCAAGGAGCCGGGAUCGGUUGUUUAUGUGAAUUUUGGCAGCGUUACAGUUAUGACUCCAGAGCAACUGUUAGAGAUUGCUUGGGGUUUGGCCAAUUGCAGGAAACCAUUUUUGUGGAUCAUUAGGCCAGACCUUGUCAUUGGCGGCUUGUUUAUUUUGUCAUCUGAGUUUGAGAAUGAAAUUUCAAAUAGAGGCCUAACCGCAAGCUAG